AUGCCGUAUCUGGGCAAUGAUGACACGGUGAAGGACUUGAAGAGGGUUCUCUCCAACCCCCACGUCCAAUCUGACCAGCUGCGUUACAGGAAUGCGAUUCUCAAAGUCAUCAGGAUAAUGUCGCAAGGUGUAGAUGUCUCCAGCCUGUUCAGUGAGAUGGUCAAAGCAUGUGCCACAGUAGACAUUGUCCAGAAGAAACUGGUCUAUGUCUUCUUGUGCUCAUAUGCCUCUCUGAACCCAGAGCUUUCUCUGCUGGUCAUCAACACACUGAGGAAGGACUGCCAAGAUCCAAACCCAAUGGUCCGCAGCUUGGCCUUAAGGAACAUGACCAACCUGAGGUUGCCCAGUUUGAUGGAGUAUGUGGAGCAGCCUCUCACAGCUGGACUUAGAGACAGAGCGGCCUGUGUGCGACGGGUUGCUGUUCUUGGUUGGGCCAAACUGCAUAAACUCCAACCUAAUUCGGAAAUCGAUGGUGCAGUGGUGAAUGAGCUGUACAGCCUUCUUCGGGACCCAGAUCCUGUGGUGAUGGUGAACUGCCUUCGAGCUCUGGAAGAGAUCUUGAAGGAGGAAGGAGGGGUUGCAAUUAACAAACCCAUUGCUCAUCACCUCCUCAAUAGGCUGAAGGAAUGUGACGUGUGGGGUCAGAGUGAAGUUCUUAAGAUACUCCAGCGCUAUCAACCUCACUCUGAAGAUGAGCUCUUUGACAUCCUCUCUCUGCUGGACGCUUCCUUGGUCAGCCCUCACACGCCAGUCAUGGCCGCCACGCUGAGCCUCUUCCUUAGCCUGUGCUCGACUUUGCCUGCAGUCAGCCUGGCAGCUCUGGAACGAGUACGGGGUCCCCUGCUGGCUGCUUGUGGGAGUGCAUCUAGAGAGAUCAGGUUCACUGUGCUAUGCCACAUUCAGUUGCUCUUGCGCUCUGUCCCUGGCCUGAUGGGGGCACACUACAAACGUUUUUUCUGUGGCUAUGCUGAACCAGCAUAUAUCAAGCAGAGAAAGAUGCAGGUGCUGGUAGAGCUGGUAAAUGAUGAUAAUGUUGCAAUGUUACUGGAUGAACUGAAAGAAUACUGCACUGAUGUCAACACAGACACUGCCCAAGCUGCAAUAUCAGCUAUUGGUCGUAUUGGACGGAGCUACAGCGACAGAUGUCUCGUGAUUCUCACUGGACUGCUCGGGCUUAAACAAGAGAACAUCACAUCUGCUGUGGUACAGACAAUGCGGGACCUAGUCUGGGUGUGUCCACAGUGCAGUGACACUGUGUGUAAUGCUCUGGAGGGGUGCGAGGAAAUACUGCACGAUAGUCAGGGUAAGCAGGCCUUACUCUGGUUGCUGGGAACAUAUGGCGAUAAAGUUUUCAGCGCACCCUACACGCUGGAGGCGUUCAUUGACGGAGUGAGGUGUGAAACCUCUUCCGCAGUCAAAAUGGAGCUACUGACCGCCACAUUGAGGUUGUUUUUGUGCCGCCCUGCUGAAACUCAGGACAUGCUUGGAAGGCUGCUGCAUUACGGCAUAGAAGAGGAGACAGACAUGUGUGUCCGUGAUCAGGCACUUCUCUACUACCGCCUCUUGCAAUGCGGGGUUGACGAGACACGUAAGGUGGUCCAAGGUCGGAGGUCAGACCCUUCCCUCGGUGUUCUUAUUGGACGUCCUGCAGAGCCCGUAAGUCAGUGGGCUCACAUCUUCAACACACUGACGCCUCUUUGCCAGAUCACAUCAGAAACCGAAUUAGUCAACAGUAGCUUUCAACACACAUCAUAUCAACCCAACUCUGACCUCUCAGAUGCUAUGAACGCCUGUCAACUUCAAAGCAUUGAAGAGAGUGUUGGGGAGCACACACAAUCGCCUUCAGACAUCCUGGUUACUAGCACUAUAGUCCCUCUCAGCUUACUUCCCACUUUAACUCCAGCGGAGUUUGAGCAUCUGUGGAUCCAAGGUAUUACGCAUACUGAGAAAGAGCAGGAUGGUGUUUGUAUGAUAGAACAUGUCCAGUGUCAUAAUGUCACUCACUCCUCCUCGCAAAGUUUUCAGGCUGCAAUGCAGUUGGUCAACAUCCAGACAUUGGCCUUCACGCCAAUAAAUGUACUCCCUUGGAGGGUUUAUCUGUAUACGCACACUGAAGCCCCUCCUUGCAGCACACUCAUACUGGGAGAGUUACUUUAUACUGGAAAUGCAAAUGAGGAAGAAGAUGCCUUUGAGCACACGAAGGGCUACCACGAUGCAAAUAUAAUUGUGGUUGGAGAACAAAUAGAGAGAAAGGCAAAUCAUGAAGAGGACGUCACAUUAGAAGGGAAGAACAAGAGUGAUUUGACAAAGGACAAUGGACAAGUAGCAAAACUAAAAGUGACUCUAAAGCAGAAACCGAGAGAUGACAAAGCUCUGAGGGGUUUCCUUUCCAUACUCACCACUGUACUUCAUACACUUUCUCCAGAGGGAGAAUGA